AUGGCGCCAAUUGUUCUUGUAGAGGUUGACCAGUAUAUAGCUUGUCCGUCGGUGAAUACUUGUUUUGAAUGUUGGUGCAAGUGGUUUCACCAUCCGCCUAGAUCGGAGUGGAAUUGGGGGAUUUCGGCAUUGUCGUUGCAGAGGGUUGGGAGAGGGAGACCGGUUUUUUCAGCUGCUGUCCAUCUCGUAUGCGGCGAAGGAAUGGAGGGGAUGGAUAAUGUUCUGUUGAGUAAUGAGUGGUUUGCUAAUAAAUGUUGUGGCAUGAUGAAAUUCACAAAAGGAAAUAAGGGUUGCGACACGAUGGAAGGAAGCCAAAGGGAUGAGGGGUGUAGGCCUGAUGAGGAAUUGGAUGAUGCAUGCGGCGGUGACAGCAUGAAUGGAGUAUCGGAUGAGUAUCCAUCCGAUUAUGCUGAUGUAUUCGGGUUGUCAGAACAAGAUAUAAUAAGAAAAGUCUUUCGAAGUGAGGAAAGAGCAUAUGAUUUUUACAGUAAAUUUGGCAGAUGUCAUGGAUUUGGCGUGCGCAAGGGUGAUUAUGGAAAGGAUGAAGAAGGAAAUUUGAUAAGAAGGUUUUUUUGUAAUAGGGCCGGACUGAGAGAUGAGAAACACUUGAACAGGUUGGAUAGAAAAAGGGGACACCGUCCUGAAACAAGGACUAAUUGCUUGGCGAAGCUGUUGAUUUAUCUGGAUAGGGAAAACUCAACAUGGAAGGUUCGCAAAGUAAUCUUGGAUCACAAUCAUGAACUGACACCUCGAAGGAUGGUGCACAUGAUUCCGAAAUUCCGUCGUAUAUCGGAUGCUGCAAAGGCAAACAUAGAUGGCAUGCGUGGGUAUGGUGUUUCGACAUCAAAGAUUUUGGGUUACAUGGCUGGGGUUGCCGGAGGGUACUCUUUGUUGGGCUUUACAAAAAAGGAUGCAUACAACUACAUUGAUCACAUGAGGUGGGCCAAGGUCAUUAAUGGUGACUCGAAUGCCGCUAUUAUAUAUCUAGAGGGAAAGGCAGCGGCGGAUCCAAUGUCAAAGGCUAGGUAUAAUGUUACAAAGGAUGGAAUGUUGGCGAACAUGUUCUGGGCUGAUGGACCUUGCAGAGUAGACUAUCAGUAUUUUGGGGAUGUGGUCGCCUUUGACUCGACAUACAAGAAGAAUAAGUACCAGCGCCCGUUAGUGAUAUUCUCUGGGUCAAACAAUCAUAAGCAAACCACGAUAUUCGGAUUUGGAUUGGUGCUAGAUGAAACAAUAAAAAGUUAUACGUGGAUGUUGGAGAAUUUGUUGGAGGUGAUGUGUAAUAAGCAGCCUUCUGUUGUGGUAACUGAUGGCGAUGAUGUGAUGAUUGUGGCAGUCAAAAAAGUGUUUCCAGAAGCUACUCAUCGGUUGUGUGCAUGGCACUUACAGAAGAAUGUAACCUCGAAUGCAGGCGAGCAGAUGUUUCGUGAGAUAUUCUGUAAAUGGCUUUAUGCUGACAUGGAGGUAGAUGACUUCGAACUUGAAUGGGAAGAAGCUUCUGAGAAAUUUGGUCUACACAAAAAAUGUUGGGCAAACCAGAUGUACGAAAAAAGGCACAUGUGGUGUAAUGCGUACCUUCCUGGCAAGUUUUGUGCUGGAUAUCGCACAACGUCUAGCACCCCUGUUCUAACAACGUGCCUGGAUCCUAUUGAGAGGUGCGCUGCAGAUGUUUACACGAGAGCUAUUUUUGUACUAGUUAAGAAAGAGAUUGACGGUGUUGGAGCGGUUAAUUUUGUGAGUAAAAGGAGGGUCUCCACAACAAUGGUAUACACAAUGGAAGAGUGUGGUCAUCCCGGCCACAACAUUGUUACCUUAUUUGAUAGGACCAUGACCAGAAUGGAAUGUCGAUGCCGAUUCUGGGAGAAGGAGGGCUUUCCAUGCAGACACAUGUUCUUUGUCAUGAAGCACGAGCAUUUAAAGGAUAUUCCAAAUCGUUUAAUUUUGAAGCGGUGGAGGAGGGACGCCAAGGCAAUUGAAGAGUACGGCGAUAAGACCGACGACAUGUUGAGCGAGAGAGGUUUUCUAUUACGGCAUAGGUCACUCCAUGCGGCAUCACAGUGGAUGUUAUACCUUGGUUCAAAGAAUCGAACUGUAUUUAAGACUGCAAUGGAGGGAAUUUGCGGAAUUUGUACUGACAUCCAUGCAAUACUUGGUCAACCGAAUGAGGGAAGAAAAGCAAAUGCGGACGAGGACAUUCGGGAUCCCGUUGUUGUUAGAACUAAAGGUGCUCCACGGUCCAAAGGCAAAAAGGAAAAGAAGAGAAGAUGUACGUUCUGCAAAAGGACCGGCCACACAAAGCGGACAUGUCUUGAUAGGGUACCAAACCAAUCCAAAUGGGGUCUGCAAGAGGAUGAAGAAUCUGUCGAAAUACCAGGGGCCAAUGAGAACUUUAUGGGGGUACAUGAAACAAGUCUGCCUCCGAGGUCAGCAUCGGUGUAUUCACGAGAUGGGAAAAAUGUUUUGGCAGAAUUAAAACCCGUGGGAACUCGGGAGAGGAUCGUCGGAACUGCACAAAGUGAGAUUCUAGCAUCUGUUGCAGAUGUAGGCAGUUGCGACUAUCACCAACAGGUGCAGCGCAGUUGA